AUGGAUGUGAACCUGAAGGAUAGCUAUGCGUUUAGGUUCUCGUCGUUCCAUCUUCCACCGCCAAGUAUUCAUACAGAGACAGCGACAAUCACUGUAGCAGUCACCGAUGUGAACAAUCAUCUACCGUCACUGAUCGAUCUACCCGAUCGAUUAUCGAUUUCUGAAAAUACAACGGUUGGAAGUAUAGUGUUCACUGUGAAGGCAUCAGAUCAAGACCGUGGUGACAACGCUCGUUUGCUGUAUCGACUAUUGAGCGGGCAGGCCACUGAAUACUUAUCGAUCGAUUCAAAAUCCGGCAAGAUCAUAUUGAGAAAAGCCGUGGACUUCGAGACGAUCAAAGGUUUUGACGUGGAAAUAGAAGUGUGCGAUCACGGCCAUCCUGAACUGUGCAUCGCUACUAUUUUGCCGGCUGUAAUCGAGGACAGUCCAAUGACAAUGUGCCACGAAAUUCGCCUGCUCCGUAGAUGGUGCAGCGUGGUAUUACCGCGUGAACUCGACCCCGGGACUGUAGUCACUACCGUAUUCGCUGAGGAUCGCGACUCGUCCACUGCCGGGCAAGUCCACUACGCACUGCUAGACGCUAUUACGGGGUUCUCAAUCGACAGCUCCAGCGGAGUUAUCCAGACAACUGAAGCGCUUGAAGCUAAGCAGUAUACGAUACGAAUAGGAGCCACUGACGGCUAUGGUGCGAUGUCAACGAAAUAUAGCUCUCCUUCAACUCUGGAAUCGACGUCACCAUUGUUAUCGAUCAAUUCGAUAGGCAGUCUGUAUCUUGCCAAACCAGUUCCGAUCAAUACCGAUCGAUUUUUCGCCGUAUUGAUCGCCCAUUCUGAUGAGGUUUCCAUCACCAAGUGCGUUGAAUUGCGAGUGAUUCGUGAUUCUCCAGCGCCCAUGUUUACGAAGAAAAGUGCCACAUUGAAGUUGAAGCGAAAUAUCCCGCUGGGCAAUCAGUUGAUGAAGGUUGAUGCUGGAGGACAUUUUAACUUCUCUACCAAUUGUCGAUGGUUGCGAGUUGACAGCGAUGGAAUCAUCUCCGUCAGAGAACUGAUCGAUAAAUCGAUCGAUAGUGUGCAAUGCGAUGUUGAGGCGAAAGACUCAAAAGGAAGAAGUGAUCCCAUUUCAUCUGAAUGCCACCUACCACGUGCACCAAUUGAAAGAAGGACGGCUCGACUGUUACGUACUCGCAAACGUAGCAACAAUUCUGUUUAUCCAUCCGGCGGUGUUCAAAAGCGCCAAAAAAGCGGCUGCUGGUCCGCAAUUUAUGCUCUCCCUAAUGACCGUAAUCUCUGCUAUAUUUCCAGAUAUCUGAACAACACCUAUUCAACAAUGGUCCACGUUUUCAUAGACGAUGUGAACGACCACUGCCCUCAGUGUUCUCAAAGAAACGAGUUCGUAAUCGAAGAAAAUCUCGGUGUCGGAACAACGAUAGGCUACUUGGAAGCAUAUGAUGAUGACAGAGGAUUGAAUGGAGUAAUGGGCUAUCGACUCUUGGACAAUCAAAACCUAGAUCAGGAUUGGAACGGUUCUGGAAGGGGUAUUCUAUUUAGUUGUAAACGUUACCAUAUCAUCGAUAAAACAUCGGGGAAAGUCUCACGAAAAGGACGACUACGUCCUGAUUCCCGCUUCAAUAUCUCAGUAGCCGCUAUAGAUGAGGAUGGGCAGAUGGCCACCGCGCUCCUCAUCGUCACGACAUCAUCAGACGAUUCUGCGCCACCAGUGUUUGAUAGGAUGGAACCAUUCAAAAUCUCUUCCACAUCACUGCCUGGCUCGAUAAUUGGACGAGUAAAGGCUGUGGCUGGCCGCCACGUCGUCAAGUACAGUAUCACCGAUCAGAAGUUCGACGUUGAUACAUGGGGAAAUGUGAUUUUAACAGCAGACACGAUCACAUCAGGCACUCAUGAUUUUGUCGUGACCGCGUCUACCGCGUUCCAAAACGCCACGGCUGUUCAGAAAGUGAUUGUCGAAAGCGUGAGUGCCACCGUCGGAGGAAGGACAUUUCGUGUA